GCCUGUUUGUCAUAUCAACAUGUAGCGGGGGAGAGAUGGCUAAUUACAGCACGCUUCACUGGAGAGCUGAGUAGUUGCAACUGGAAAGUGCAUAACCCUGCAAACGAGACAGCUGCGGCCCACUUCGGAUGCCAUGGAGUCGUGUGAUGAUGGGGGCUUUAGCGUGGGCACUUCCUCUGUUGAGGAGAACUACUUCCAGGGCUACACCUUUACAGACCGUUCACACUCCAGCCGUGUGGUCAAGAGCAUUAUGGACCUGUGCUUGGAAGACGGCUUGUUUGCAGACGUCACCGUCACUGUGGAGGGCAGAGAGUUCCACCUGCAUCGCCUGGUCCUUUCAGCCCAAAGCAGCUUCUUCAGGUCCAUGUUCACGUCGAACCUCCGAGAAACUCACGAUCGCCAUAUCGAGCUGAAAGAUGUCAGCGCACCCGUCUUCCAGCUGCUGGUGGACUACAUCUAUCAUGGCACCAUCAAGCUGCAGGUGGAAGACCUGCAAGACACCUACGAAAUGGCUGACAUGUACCAGCUCACGGCCCUCUUCGAGGAGUGCUCUCGCUUCCUCUCACGAACCGUGGAUGUCAAGAACUGUCUUCAGGUGAUGUGGCUGGCAGAUAGACAUAGUGACCAGGAGCUCUAUACGGCAGCUAAGCACUGUGCGAAGAUUCAUCUGGUACAGCUGCACCAGACAGAGGAGUUCCUCAACCUCCCUUUACGUCUCCUCAUUGACAUCAUCAAAGAUGGUGUUCCAGGUUCCCAAAAUCCAACUGCAGCAAUCGAGUCUUGGAUAAACCACAACAAAGUUGAACGAGAGGAGUUUGCAGACGUGCUCUCUGAUAGCCUAAAGGAGAUUGGAGAGAAUGUACACAUCUACCUUAUCGGCAAGGAGGAGACGCGGACACACUCGUUAGCUGUGUCGCUUCACUGCGCUGAGGAUGACGCCAUCAGCGUGAGUGGCCAGAACAGCUUGUGCCAUCAGAUCACAGCAGCCUGCAAGCAUGGAGGUGACCUUUAUGUAGUGGGUGGCUCCAUCCCACGGCGCAUGUGGAAGUGUAAUAUGCGCACGAUGGACUGGGAGCGGUGUGCGCCACUGCCUCGUGACCGCCUGCACCACGCGUUGGUCUCGGUAGCAUCCGAGGAUGCCAUCUACUCACUCGGGGGCAAGACGCUUCAGGACACGCUGUCCAAUGGCAUCGUCUACUACACAGUGCGUGCCAACACGUGGACAGAGACCAGCCAGCUGGACACAGCGGUGUCUGGUGCUGCAGGGGUCCACCUCGACGGCAUCAUCUAUCUCCUGGGCGGAGAAGAGAACGACGCUGACUUUUUUACCAGGCCGUCCCGCCUUAUCCAGUGCUUCGACACAGGGACGCAGAAAUGCCGCACCAAGCCAUACGUACUGCCCUUUGCUGGCCGCAUGCAUGCCGCCGCCCACAAGGACUUGAUCUUCGUGGUGGCCGAAGGCGACUCGCUGGUGUGCUACAACCCACUGCUCGACAGCUUCACACGUCUGCGCUUCCCAGAGGUGUGGAGCUGCGUGCCCUCACUCUGGAAGGUGGCCAGCUGCAAUGGCUGUAUUUACGUCUUCCGGGACAAAUGCAAGAAGGGCGAUGCCGACACGCUCAAGCUGAACCCGGCCACGUCAGUCGUGUCCGUUAUCAAAGGGAUUAAAAUCCUUCUUACUAACUGGCAGUUUGUUCUGGCCUGAUGUUUAAACACCAUUUUACAUACAUGGUGUAUGUGGACCAUAUAACAUGUUUGCUAUAUCGCUGAAGAAUUGGCGUUUUUAGUUAGUUGUUUGGCAGAUGCUUUUAUCUAAGACAACUUGCAGUUGACCAGAACAGAUGCAGGUUAAGGGUCUUGCUGAAGGGCCCAGCUUGGCAGUACUGGGAUUCGAACUCGGAGCCUUGCAAGCAAAAUCCAGUGCCACACCUGGCCCCUGUAUAAUGGUGUUGUCGGACAAACUAACUGCUCGCACAAGGCAGUGUUUGUAUCUUUAGCUUUUAUUCAAUUGUGCUUGCAGUUCAGCGUUAAGCCAUGCAAAAUUUGAAUUAUCAAUUGAAUCAACACCUCGGUUAUGUUUCGUCUUACAGGGACAGUAAAAAUAAACCACCUUAUCGUUGACAGUAGAACGUCGUGACCUGCUCAUCAACUGGCCUGCAGUAAGAGUACGGACCACUGAUCAUGUCGCUUGUUUUAGAAUCAUCUUUAUUAUGAUAUACAAUGCAAAACAGAUGGAUGAUUGGUCAUCAUUCUUACUCCUAAUUUUUUUCUUUAAAUGGGCCUUUUAUUCAGUUAUAAGUAUGCGGAGUAAUUUGAAUAGUUGACAGUAAUUAUGUACGUCAAAGUAUUUGUGCAGUCAGCGGUAAAGCUCACACGAAGCCACAGUCGAAGAGCUACCAAGUGCAGCAUUACAAAGAUGCAUUCGCUCAAGUCAUCAGGCCGCAUGGUCUAAUACAGGGGUGUCAAACUCAUUUUAAGUAACAGCCCAUAUUACACUUGGUUCAAUGUCAAGUGGGCUGGAAAUAAUCCCUUUAGCAGACCAGACAACAGCUCGAAAAGAUGAUUCCAAAUUACAUACACAGUGCCUUGAAUAAGUAUUUACCUCGUUGAAUUUGUCUAUAUUUUGUAGGGUUCCAACCUGAAGUCAAUACGGAUUUAACUGGUAUUUACCAAAAGAACAACAACAAACCUGCAUUAUUAUUCACUUUGUUUGCUAUGAAUCUCAGAAAUUAUUAGUUCUUGUGGAAAAGCUACAGAGAAAUUAUAUGUAAGUGAAAUUGCAGAUAAUGUGUCAAUCUUAGUACAGUGGAAACAUUUACUACUUUUCAUUGCACUGCAGUAAUAAAAAGUAAAUGCUUUAUUUUACUGAUUAUGCUAAUGUCAUGUUUUCAUAUGAGUGAUUCCACGCUUAUGGGUACUGAAAUGGGGACAUGAACUUAUUUUUAAAAAU